AUGACGACGACGACGACGAUUCAGACGAUGAUUUUAACAACAACAACACCGAAAAUAUCGGCGAUGAGAACGAGUCUUUCGAGUGCAGCAGGAGGAAAAGGAAAAGGAGGAAAAGGAGGACAAAAACUUUUUGUCCAUCAUCAUCGACAGAAGUCGUUCGAAGUUCGAGCGACGUCCUCGUCGUCCACGUCCACUUCCUCUUCCUCCUCGAUCUCCUCUUCGUCAAAUACGAUAUUAUCCAACACGCCGAACGGAGUGCUCUUCUCCUCGAACAGCUCGAAGAACCACAACGAUUAUUCCAUCGCUUUAGAUAAACUGAGAGCGUCUGGGUGCGAAGUCUACGACGUCGGGUCGAGGUUUCUCUCCAAAGGCGACCGAGGCGAGGACGUGAAAGCGUUGCAGGCUUUGUUAAUGAGCGAGGGAUUGCUAAGCAAAGACGUCGCACCGACCGGGAUUUUCGACGAAGGCACGAAAACGGCGUUGCAAAGUUGGCAAGUGAGACGGUGUUUACCGAAUCACGGCGCGUUUGGCGAUUUGUGUCGAUUGGCGUAUCUCGACGAAAAGCGGUUGGAAAUGAAGUCGCUGUUGUCGAGCCCUUUGCCGCCGGAUAGAAGGAAAUGGAAAGAGGCGGCGGUAUAUCAGCCACAACCGAUGCCGAAGAGAGCGAAAAGUGGGGGUAUUAUGUCGCUGAAUAGUCCAAUGUCGUGGGUACAAGUGACGAUCGGGGCGCUCGUCGGAGCGACGAUUUUAUCCGCCGCUUUGGUUUUACCAAACAUAGACAUGGACGAAAUCGCGAAUCGCCCGGACGAGUUGACCGACGAAGAAGAGGCGUACGCGAUGAAGAUUUUGAACGGCGUUCCGAAGAAGAAAGUAGAAGAAGAAAAAGGAGAGAAAGAUGACGAAUAA